AUGGAGACAGCUUUCAACGGAGACCGCAAACGCCCUCUUGACAGCAUCAAACCGGAGGACCAGGAUGUUCCCGCGAAUCUGGUGAUUGUGCCGGAGCGCGAGCCGCAAUUGGCGUACGUGCCUCUGAAAACAGGCCUUUGCUACGACGUGCGCAUGCGGUACCACGCCAAGAUAUUUACGUCGUACUUCGAGUACAUCGACCCGCAUCCGGAGGACCCGCGCCGGAUCUACAGAAUAUACAAGAUCCUGGCCGAGAACGGGCUCAUUACCGACCCGACGCUGUCGGGACGCGACCAAAUUGGAGAUCUCAUGGUUAAGAUUCCUGUGCGUGAGGCUAGCGCGGAGGAGAUCUUGCUCGUGCACACACCGGAGCAUCUACGGUUUAUAGAGAGCACGCAGCAAAUGACCAAGGAGGAGCUUAUGGAACACACAGACAAAGGUGACUCUGUCUAUUUCAACAAUGACUCGCUGCUGAGUGCCAAGCUCUCUUGCGGAGGAGCUAUUGAGGCGUGCAAGGCUGUGGUGGAGGGCCGUGUUAAAAACGCCCUGGCAGUGGUGCGGCCACCAGGCCACCAUGCGGAGCCCGACGCGCCCGGCGGGUUCUGUUUGUUUUCGAACGUUGCUGUCGCCGCUAAGUCCAUUCUUGCAAGCUACCCAGAGUCGGUCCGCCGGAUCGUGAUAGUCGACUGGGACGUGCACCAUGGUAACGGCACGCAGAAGGCGUUUUUCGACGACCCCCGCGUGCUGUACAUCUCGCUCCACAGGUACGAGCACGGCAAGUACUAUCCGGGCACCAAGGCUGGCGGGGCAGACCAGGUGGGUUCUGGCGCGGGCGAAGGCUUCAACGUCAACAUCCCGUGGCCCGUGGGCGGCGUCGGCGACGCAGACUACAUGUACGCGUUCAACAGGGUGAUCAUGCCUGUGUGCCACGAGUUUGCGCCGGAUCUCGUGAUUAUAUCGUCGGGAUUUGACGCUGCCGACGGCGACAUCAUCGGCGGGUGUCACGUGUCACCAGCCGGGUACGGCCACAUGACCCACGCACUCAAGAGUCUCGCCAAGGGUAAUUUGUGCGUCGUUUUGGAAGGAGGCUAUAAUCUGGACGCGAUCGCCAGCAGCGCCCUGCGCGUGGCCAAGGUGCUGCUGGGCGAGCCGCCCGAGGAGCUCAAGUCGGUGCAGCUGAAAACAGAAACGAUCGAGGUGAUCGACGACGUGAUCAAGAUCCAAUCGCAGUACUGGAAGACCCUCAAGCCGGGCUACGACGGCCAGGAUUUCUCGAAGCCCAACAUCAUGGGAGACUACGACGGGCUCGGCCUCAAAGUCAGCGAUGCGAUCCGCGCGUACCAGAAAGAAGAGCUUUUUGAAAAACGACAUUUCGUGCCGCUUCCUAUUCUUACGGAGAAACUACCACAUUCGUCCUCGCUCAGAGACCUGGUGCUGUGCUCGCCCGAUGUCUACGAGACAGACAAGCUUGUGAUUGUUGUGCAUGACUCGGCGCGCGUGUGGGCCCGCAGAGACCCGGUAACGGGCACGCUGGACUCGGCUUCGGCGGUCGUGGUGGAUCAGUCUCUGCGGUUCUUGGACUGGGCGCUGGAGCAACAGUACGGCGUUGUGGACAUCAACGUGCCGCUGUCCAUCUCUGGUAGCGAGGACGCGCAAUAUAACAACAUCAGCUCCGCGCAGGACGUGCUGCUGUAUCUCUGGGACCACUACAUCCAGUACUUCAAGGUGAGCAAGAUCGCGUUUGUUGGUAUUGGCGAUGCAUACAACGGCGUGGUACAUCUAUGCGGCCACCGUGACGUGCGCGGUCUGGUGAAGUGCUCGGUGAACUAUCUGGACCGUGCUACUGCAUUGCGCGCGAUCGUCUCGUCGAUCGACGAGUCGGUGGUCGACUGGUUCUACCAGAACUCGCUUGUGUUCACGGCGGCGAAACACCCAUGCUGGGGCGACGUGGAGAAAAACGGGAGCAGCAAGCGGCCGCGCAAGAAGUACGGCCGUGUCUUGCGCGCCGACGUGGAAGGUGUGGACAAUAUCAUUGAGGAGAGGUUAGAAGAAGGCUGCGACUUCAUACAGGACUCGUUGGAGGACUACGAUAGCGAUAGCGAGUGAAAGUGGAUAUGCCGUUUGUGUUCUAUAAUGCAC